CGAGUACAAGGAGGAAGCAGUUUGUUUUCUUGGCUUGCAGUAAGAUGGAAAUGUCAACAAAAUAUCCUCCAAAUUAACAGAUUCUAUCACGAUCUUUGUGAUUUACAACAAAUAUGAGUGUUGAUACGAAUAUUUUAAAAACAUUACAGACUGGAAAUGAACAGGACGUGGUUUCAGUGCUUGAAGCUUUUACGACAAAGAAUGCACAGACCUUCAGUUUUCCUGAGUUGACCUUGGAGGUCAAACAGAAAUGUGUGGAGGCCAUUCUCGACCUGCUUCGUGUGCAGGGUGCAUCCAAGUGCCACAUCCUGUGCCUGGAGACACUGCGCCUGUUCAGCCGAGAGAAGGAGAAAUUGGCGGGCAUGGUCUCUGAGGUGGCCCUAAACCUGAUAAUGAAGAUGGCAGGCCUCCAGCACUACUCCGAGGAGGAGGGAGAAUGUGUCACUAUACAGAACGGUGACCCUGAUGUGAUGGUGGAAGCUCAGAAAUGUCUGUGUAACUUAAUAUUCAACAAUGUCCAAGUACAGAGAGUGUGCAGUAAAAACGGCUGUGUGGAGGGGAUAAUACAGAGACUGAAGACGUACAAGGACCCAGAUCUCAAGUUUGAAAUCAAGUUCUUUGAUAUGAGGAUGCUGUUCCUGUUGACUGCCCUGUGUGCUGAAACAAGACCCCUGAUCCGUUACGAGCUACAUGGCUUUACCUACCUGAUGGAGGUUGUUGAUUUAAUACUUCGGGAUGCAGAUGCCCGACAGUCCGGACUUACGGAACAGGAGGUGGACCUCUGCUGCGAAAUCCUCAAAAUUCUCUUUAACAUCACAGUCCCGAUUGAUAAAAAUGCUUUAGAUGAGGAGGAGGAGGCCCACUUCAUGCGCCUGGUCAGUGUGCUCCGGGAUCUUCUGAUGAGUAAAACACAGAGCAAGGACCGCCAGGAGGAACUACAAAGUCACACAGUAAACCUACUGACGAACAUCCCACGGGACUGUUACGAGGAGCUGCUUAUUCCCCUCAACGAGAUCGAUGUUGGAGGCAUGGAGAAUAAAGAUGUCGAGUUUGAUGGAAAAAAUAUGGAAGCUAUCAUAGUUCUGCUCGACUUCCUGUACAAUAGGAUAGACGUGCCAAUGAAGUCACUGAAGGAAAGUCUAACUCCCAUCCUCCACUGCCUGUGUGAGACAUGUCGGGCUAACAGGGCCAUCCGCAAGUUCUGUCGCUCCAAGGUAUUGCCACCAUUGAAGGAUGAGGUGAAGAAAUUACCAGAAGAUGGGGAUACACUUAGAAACAGACUUUGUAAGCUGCUAACCUCGCCCAUCGCAGACGUUAAAGACCUGGCUGCUGAUUUCCUGUUCGUUUUGUGUAAAGAGAGCGUCAACAGAAUGGUCAAGUACACAGGGUACGGGAACAGUGCUGGCCUCCUAGCCAACAGGGGUCUCCUGCUCGGAGGCAAGUCAGGGGGAGACUACUCCAGUAACUCAGACGACUCAGACACAGAAGAGUAUAGUCAAUUAAGAAACAUGGUGAAUCCUGUGACAGGGAGAUGGGAGGAGGACAAGCCGGAUCCUUUUGAGGGGAUGAGUGAGGAGCAGAAGGAGUUUGAAGCCAUGAAACUAGUCAACAUGAUGCACAAACUCCAGUGCCAAGGGAUCAUACAGCCGAGUCGUGUUGACGAGUCUGGCCAUCCUCAGCCAGUGCAACACGUCCUGGAACUGAUGGAAAACAUGACAAACCCCAGCGGAGCAACCGGGGACCAGGAGGACCUGGACUAGGGGGCGUUUGGAGAGAGUGGCCCAAAAUGGGCUGUUUUAUCACCUGUUCCGUAUAGGACAGAUGUAUGGUAUAUUUCCACAUAUACCUAGGUCUCAAUCUUGCCAAUUUUGGUGCAUGUUGGGUUUAAAGCUCGAGUUUAGAACCUGAUAAAGUAUUUGCGCCGUAAUUCAUGGCAAGCAAAGUAUUGUCUUGAGUUUUAACUACGCAGGUUGGCAAAUUGACAGUGUCUAUAGACGUGUUGCUUAUGAACAAACCUACAAUAGCUGUAGACUUGUGUAAGAAGCAUUAAAUAGUCUACAUUGUGUUGUCUUUAGAUCUGAAAAGCAGCCUAUUGCAUAAGGAUCUGGUAUACUUAUCACUUCACCAACAUCUUGAAUUUGCAAACCAUUUAUAUUAAAAAAAAUAUUUUCUGCUAAACAAAAUUCCUGAAUUAAUAUCGCUUAGCUGUGAUAAAAUAUCAAAGAGGUUAGACAUCUGUUCCUCCAGGUAGGAGGUAGUCUGGUUCUGAAAAUGUUAAACAGUUAAUUGCAAAGAAUUAAUUGGGUUAUAUAUUUCAAUGUUGAAAUAUUGCAAAAAAAAUAAAAGAGUGAGUUAUAUAUUUCAAUGGUUAACAACUAUUGUUGAUGAUCAGCAAAUAGUCAACAGAAACACGUCUGUAAUUUAGAUGCAAUUUUUUUCAUUAAAUUUCCUAAAAAAAAAUCCAACCCCCCCCCCAAAUAAUUCCUAAUAGUAUGACAACAACAUGUAAUUUUUCAAUAUAUACUCAACUGUAUCGUUUUCAUUUUAGUCAUUUUGAUACAUUUUGGGACAAUUCUGCUAAAUUGGAGGGUGCAUAUUUCUAAAGUAAACAACAACAGAAAAUGAAAAUCAAUUUUAUAGUAUCUACAUAUAAAACCGUUUUAUUGUAAAUAUACAAACAACUUUAAAGAUGAUCAAGUCAAGGCCAUAUAAGAAAUGAAGGUCAGAGUGGAUCAAAAGGUCAAGGUAGCAUGUAGUUGAAAAGGUCAAGGCAACAUCUAUGUAUUUUUAUGGAAGGAUGAGAUAAAGUGAGUUUUGAAGUAACCUGAGGAAUACUGCAUGAGAUGGAUGGAAGUAGUAAUGAUUUACACCCCUCAGCCCCACAGUUGCUCUGUUUAUGUCACAGAGGGGCUACCUGUUGCAGGUAUUUGUCACAAAGUAUUUUUGAUAAAGAAGUUUAUGAAACUGACCAUUAAUAUCUUAUGGCCAUUAUAUUUUGAAGAACAGUUUUGAGGUUGAGGGAAAUGUUGACUUCUUGUUCUAUAUAAGGUCAUCUUUCUUCACACAGAGUGUGAUAAGAUGUCAAGAAUUUGUAGAAAAUUUAAUGGUCAAGUCUUCAAAUAUUUUUUUCAAUGUAUGAGAUUAAAUUUCUUCUUACUAAUCAAUAUUCUAGUAAUAUUUGAUACUGUGAAAUUAGACCUCAUGGAAGAGAAUUCAAAGAUAAAUACCUAAACACCGGGUAAACACUCCCAAAAGGAACCUUUCUGGACAAGAAAAAAAGAAUGAAAGUUUUGAUAUUAAGUUCCAAGGUAUAAAAUUGGAAUAAUCAAAUUUGGUCCAUUGACUAUGUAGGUCAAUAAGAUGUCUUAACAACCAAACAGACUAUUUCUGUACUUCUGUAGGUAUCAGUGUUACGGACCGAAGGCCUCUGUAAAGGCCAGGAACCUUACAAGUACAAGGUUUGUUAGCAGGCAAGGAAAAUUAAAGUACAGGGAUAUAGGUUGUGUUUAGGCCAGGAACGGACCAGUACAGGGAUAUAGCUUGUGUGUAGGCCAUCAACAGUACAGUACAGGGGUAUAGCUGGUGUGUAGGCGAGGAACAGAACAGUACAGGGGUAUAGCUUGUGUGUAGGCCAGGAACAGAACAGUACAGGAAUAAAGCUUGUGUGUAGGCCAGGAACAGAACAGUACAGGGGUAUAGCUUCUUUGUAGGCCAGGCAUAGUGCAGUACAGGGAUAUAGCUUGUUUGUUUAAACAUAUUUUAUUGCUUCUAAAUUCAAGCAAGAGGAUUGGGCACAAGUUAUGAAACUUAUAAAAGCCCUCUCCUAGAUAUAGCUUGUGUGUAGGCCAGGAACAGAUCAGUACAGGGGUAUAGCUUGUGUGAAGGCCAGGAACAGAACAGUACAGGGGUAUAGCUUGUGUGUAGGCCAGGCACAGAACAGUACAGGGAUAUAGCUUGUGUGUAGGCCAGGCACAGAACAGUACAGAGGUAAAGCUUGUCCGUAGGCCAGGCACAGAACAGUACAGGGGUAUAGCUUGUGUGUAGACCAGGAACAGAACAGUAGAAGGGUAUAGCUUGUGUUUAGGCCAGGAACAGAACAGUACAGGGAUAUAGCUUGUGUUUAGGCCAGGAACAGAAAAGUACAAGGGUAAACCUUGUGUGUAGGCAAUGAACAGAACAGUAUGGGGAUAUAGCUUGUGUGUAGGCCAGACACAGAACAGUACAGCGGUAUAGCUUGUGUUUAGGCCAGGAACAGAACAGUACAGGGGUAUAGCUUGUGUGUAGGCCAGGAACAGAACAGUACAGGGAUAUAGCUUGUGUGUAGGCCAGGAACAGUACAGUACAGGGGUAUAGCUUGUGUGUAGAACAGUACAGAGAGAUGGCUUGUUUAUAUUAACUAAGAAAGGUAUUUUGUAAAAGAACCAUAUUCAUAUGAAGAUAAUCCAAAAAAUAAUUGGCAAUUUCAAGUUCCAAACCCAGUAUUUAUGUAGUUAUUUUAGCUAUUGUUAAUGAAAAUGUUACCCUUCCAAGCCCUUCUCCAAAUAAAACUGGUUAAAAGAUUUGAUUUUUUUUGUUUUCAAUUUAGCUAGUUAUAAAUAUAAUUGUGCAAAAUCCCAUGAAUGUGUAUAUUAUUUGAUAGCUAGAGAUAUCCUUGCUAGCUCAUGUUGCAAUGUGCGGCUUAGUUAUGAUAUUGUAGUCUGGGUGAAAGUCAGUGUGAUGAGGUGUCAGAUAACAGAGGUAUGGAAGAGCAAGAAGGAUGAUGUCAGAUUACACAAGUCCUAUAUAAUUUGUAUAUAGAGUUGAUGUUACUACAAAUAAUCCUACCAAGUCAUUGUCUCGUAACAAACUGUACUAUACUGGUUUGUAAAUAUAGGUCAGCUCAUUUCACUUAACAUUUUGACUACGGACUUGUAUGGUUACUAGUUACUGAUAUUGUUGUAAACUGUUGCUAAGACUGCAGACUGUUGCUAUGACUACAGGCUUGUUUUUAUGACUACACACUGAUGCUAUGACUACACACUGUUGCUAUGACUACAGACUGAUUUUAUGACUACAGACUGUUGCUAUGACUAGACUGUUAAUAUGACUACCGACUGUUAAUAUGACUACAGACUGUUACUAUGACUACAGACUGAUGCUAUGACUAGACUGUUAAUAUGACUACAGACUGAUGCUAUGACUACAGACUGUUGCUAUGACUACAGACUGAUGCUAGGACUACAGACUGUUGCUACGACUAAAGACUGUUGAUAUGACUACAGACUGUUGCUAGGACUACAGACUGUUGCUAGGACUAAAGACUGUUGAUAUGACUACAGACUGUUGCUAGGACUACAGACUGUUGCUAUGACUACAGACUGUUGCUAUGACUAGACUGUUACUAUGACUAGACUAUUACUAUGACUACAGACUGUUGAUAUGACUACAGGCUGUUAAUAUGCCUACCGACUGUUGAUAUGACUACAGGCUGUUGAUAUGACUACAGACUGUUGAUAUGACUACAGACUGUUGAUAUGACUACAGACUGUUGAAAUGACUACAGACUGUUAAUAUGCCUACAGACUGUUGAUAUGACUACAGACUGUUGAUAUGACAACAGACUGUUGAUAGGACUACAGACUGUUGAUAUGACUACCGGCUGUUGAUAUGACUACAGACUGUUGAUAUGAG